CUCGAAAUAUCAUCGUCAUUGCAGUUUUGGGCGUGGAAGACAUAGCACUGCUAGAAAGUACCUGACGCCAUUUUAACAAGAGUCCAGCAAUAGCUUGUAGUGCUCCACGCCACCAUGGUGAAAUACGUACUUCAUUACUUCAAGGCGCAGGGCCGUGCUGAAAGUAUUCGUCUGGCUUUCAAGCUAGCUGGGGUUGACUAUGACGAAAAGAACUUCGAGUUUGCGGAUUGGCCUAAGCUAAAGCCGACAUUUCCCACCCAGGAAACGCCGGCGCUUGAGGUCGACGGGAAGAUGAUAUGUCAGAGUAAGGCUAUCCUGAGAUAUCUGGCCAGGGAGUUCGGAUUUUAUGGUAAGACGUCCCUUGAUGCGGCAUUUAUAGACCAAGCAAUUGACGCGGUCGAGGACAUCUGGACGGCAGUCAACAUUGUCUUCAAUGGGCCUCAAGAAACAAUGCCGGAAAGAAAUGAGAAGUUCUUGAAGGAUGUUAUACCGCCGAUCUACGUGACUCUGGAGCGGUUAAUCGGCCUGGAGCAAGCCGGUGACUUCUUCGUCGGAAACUCGAUCACCGCCGCCGAUCUCUUUUUCUUCACCGCUGUUGACAUGGUGAAUGUCUUUUCAAAGGGCGCCAACUCUGUGGAGAAGUACCCGAAGCUGGUCGCCCUCAAAAGCCGCAUCGCUGCCAACCCCAAGAUCGCAGCCUGGUUGGCUGUGCGACCACCUGAAGCGACGUUUUAAGUAGAAAAGAAAAUCAAUAUGUCACCUUUUGGCUGGAGAUGGGAUCAAUUUCUGACUAUGUGUCAUCGUAAACAUACAUUCAUGCUUUGUGUGCUUUUAAAAUUUGCAGUUGCCAAAGUAGCAUGCAGAUCUUCGAUUCAGGGUUGAGGCCUAGUUUGAUCUGGUACGAUGAUAAUGGUUUCAAAUACAGCGAAUGGUACAGGGACAUUCUUAAACCAAGUAUUUUGCAUGAAUUAUUCACAAAUAGGAAUCACAAACAGGAUGAACCACGAAAAUCAAUUAAUGCGUAGCUUUUGCAAAAUAAAGCUCUUUUGUCAUUUUCUCCUUAAUUUCUAAACUGGCUUAGAAGCACUUUUCUAUGCCAGCGAGUAUUCGAUUAGUAAACUGGCUGCUGGUGAAAAACUUUGAGUCAAGUUUAUGUCAAGUUUAUUUUAAAAAUACUUGUCGAUAUUAAACCAUCAUGGCAUGAAUACAGUACCGAACAAUGAUUACCAGCAUUUCUAUAUGGCUCGUAAAAAUAAAAUUAUAGUUUGUUUUUACGAAGGAGUAUAAUUUUGGAGUUUAACUUUAGAAACCAAAAAGGUAGAGCUGAGAAGAAUGAUUUUGAAUAAAAAUUUAGCGUACGUCACAUUCAA